UUCACGUCACUGAUCACCAUUCUGUACAAAAAGCUUCGUUCUUUACAAUUACAUCCCCCUAAAAACGUUUCAAUCCUUCAAUUAAAAAAAACGUUUCUUUUCUUUACUUCUUUCCCCCAAAAUCUUUAAAUUCAGCAAAACAAAUACAUGAAAAAGACUUGGAUUCGGGUCUUUUGGGUAUCUGAUUCGGAGCAUCUUUUUUGUGAAAUGAGGAGGAGGUUUUUCAGUGCUUACUGACACUCCUUUUAGGGUUUUUUCUUACUUAGUUAUGGCUUUGAGAGGUGUUGAUUUCAAAUGGUAUGAUGGGUUUUUCUUGUCCAUGCUUGCAACUAGCGUAAUAAUUGUUGCAAUCAAUUGGAAAAGAUAUCAUCUUUGUACUCACCCUUUGCAUAUAUGGAUCGUUGUGGAUUAUACAACUGUUUUUAUUUUUCGGCUUUUGAUGUUCAUUGAUAAUGGACUUGCUGCUGGAAUGGGUUUGGAUUUUGGUUGGCAACAGAGAUAUGCCCGUUUUUGUGGUAGAAUUGUGGUUCUCUCAAUUCUAUCCAUCCUGCUCUAUCCGUUUCUUUGGGCUUGGACUAUAAUUGGUACAAUGUGGUUCACAAGUGCAAAAAAUUGUUUGCCAGAAGAAGGUCAAAAAUGGGGUUUUCUUAUUUGGUUGUUGUUCAGCUACUGCGGACUCAUUUGUAUUGCCUGCAUGUCCUUGGGAAAGUGGCUCAUGCGAAGACAAGCUCAUCUGUUGCGUGCUCAGCAGGGAAUUCCUAUUUCAGAAUAUGGGGUUUUGGUUGAUAUGGUCCGGGUACCAGAUUGGGCAUUUGAAGCUGCUGGUCAAGAAAUGAGAAGCAUGGGUCAAGAUGCUGCAGCAUACCAUCCUGGACUCUAUUUGACUAAUACUCAGCGAGAAGCAGUUGAGGCACUUAUUCAGGAACUCCCAAAGUUCAGGCUAAAGGCUGUUCCAACUGAUUGCAGUGAAUGUCCCAUCUGCCUUGAGGAGUUCCACGUCGGGAAUGAGGUCCGAGGCCUGCCUUGUGCUCAUAAUUUCCAUGUAGAAUGCAUUGACGAGUGGCUUCGACUGAAUGUGAAAUGUCCACGGUGUCGGUGUUCAGUUUUCCCAAACCUCGACCUCAGUGCAUUAUCCGGUAUUCGCACUGAUCCUGAACGGCCUUCUGCGGCAGAUGUGACUACCAACCGAUAUGUCAGAACCCAACCUUCCAGCCAGAGCUAUCUGUUGAGACUGCAGGGUCUUCUCAGGCCAGUACGUAGCGAGAAUACAGAUGUAGAUAUUGACUUGGAAGCUGUUGAGCAUGAACAUGAAGCUGUGGCAGCUAGAGAAUCUUCAGCAGGGAGCACAGUCGUUGGUCGGUCCCCUUCAUCGCAGCACUAACCUUGUAGAAAAGGUAAAAGGAUAUUUGUCAAUGGUCAAUAGAUUCUGACUGCAAUUUUUGCAAACUUUAACUCAUUGAUUAAAAGGCAUAUGAACAGGAAGGGGAUAUUGACAGUUAACAUGUAAAAUGUGAUAUUAAUGUUACUUUUAGCAUAUGGAUUUUGUGUUGUACGAGUAGCAGAGAAUGAAAAGGGUAAGAAAAAUGAGCCCAUAUUAACAACA